CCCCCUCCUCCCAGUCUCUUGAAGAAGAAGUAGAAGAAGAAACUACGGGAAAGACGAUGGAGCUAGAAUGAAAGAGCCGACUGUAUUUGGGAAAUAUGAUUCGGAAAAGACUGUAAAUUAUCCGGAGCGAAGAUUUGAUUUGGACCGCAAGCCAUCAAGUCUGAAAAACUUGCAAACAAGCAGGCGAGAAGCAGACUUUAUCGCGUGGAGACGCUGUGGAAAAACUUUCUAAAGCAAAACCUUCCUAGAUGUCUUAGAUGAGGACUAUUUGCGUAAUGACACGCACUUAGGAGAAGAGUUUGGGGAAUCAAAUUUCUUUUCUUUUUUCAGUUUGUUUUUUUUUAAAGGCGCACCAAGGGACAUUAAAGUCGCCUCACGCAGAGAGACAAGAUUGUAUCACUGUAUCUGUAUCCUGUCCUUUCUGCCGGAGGGCGAUGGGGGCCGCGCCGGGCUCCGGCUGGGAGGAGGGAGAGUUCGAGUUCAAGUUGGUGUUUGAGGAGGAUCCGCCGCGCCAGGGUCCAUCCCCGGCGCGCACAGCCGAGCCGGAGAGCUCCGUUGCCGGGGAGGAAAAUGAAGGCGCCCUGCUGCAACUGGACUCCUCCAGCAGCAGCAGCCUGGUUACAGACAACCACCUGGCUGAUUCCCAUGCAGGUCACUCAAUCAGCAUCCCCAGCCCACCACCCAUGUCCAAUCAGCGGGCGGGGAUGCAUUCCCCACCUCCACGAAGGGCCCACAUCAGAGAGUUCAGCGGGACCUACGAGAGCCUGCCGGCACGCUCUGUACAGGUUUCUGAAUCUCGUGUGGUCGAGUGCCCCAGCAUCCAGAUAACCACCAUCUCACCUGACGAUGACCCAACACCCACCAUUUCCAGCUACUGGGACAUGGGUAGCAGUGGCGGGUGGGACAGAGAGCGACUUUACCUUCCCCUGUUGGAUCCCUUUACCUACCGUGACAGAUGCCCCAGCUCCCUCAGCCCUAGCCCCGCCUCUAGCCCCUCCUCCCGAGGCUGGCUCAGCCCCGCCUCCAGCUGCGACUCCCUACUGGUGGAGGAGGAGGAGCUGAACGAAGGCGGCAUCAAUUUUGGGCACUCGCCGUCCUCAAGGCCCACCUCCCCAGGUGGAAAAAAGCGUAGAAACUCCCCGCUGGCGUCUCCCUGUACUUCGCGCAGAGGCAGUUACUCAGAGGAAUUGCAGGGGUGCAACCUGGAGGGUGGAGAGUCCACCCCUCAGUCACAAGCUCCGCCCAGCAGCUGUGAGCUCAGCAUUCCCCAGAAAACCAGGAAGACAUCAUUGGAACAGUUGUCUCCAAGGGAGGUGGAUCAGGAACAGGCUCUAGGCCACAGCUCCCCCUGCCCGCUACCAGAGGCCCAGCAGACCAGGAGAGAGCCCCCUUCUGUUGGCAUGGACUACCUCUCUGUUCCCCCUCCUCUAGCCUGGGGCAGAACCCGAGCCAGCGCCCACAGCCCUCUGUUCAGGUCUAACGCCCUGCCGCCGCUCGAUUGGCCGCUGCCAUCCCAGUUUGACCAGUACGAGCUGCGCAUUGAGGUCCAGCCUCGGCCACACCACAGAGCCCACUACGAGACAGAGGGCAGCAGAGGAGCUGUCAAAGCUGCGCCAACAGGGCAUCCUGUUGUCAAGCUGUGUGGAUACACAGAGAGGAAGCCGCUCUCUCUUCAGGUUUUCGUCGGAACAGCUGAUGACCGAUCAAUCAGACCGCAUCCUUUCUAUCAGAUACACAGGGUGACUGGGAAGAUGGUGGGCACUGCCAGUCACGAGAGCGUCCAGGCAGGGACCAAACUGCUGGACAUCCCCCUCAGUCCUGAGAACAACAUGACUGCACUCAUCGACUGUGCCGGGAUUUUGAAACUGAGGAACUCAGACAUCGAGCUCAGGAAAGGAGAAACAGAUGUCGGAAGAAAAAACACACGUGUUCGUUUGGUGUUUCGUACCCACCUCCCUGUAACACCCCCUUCAGCACCCCCUGGACGGGUGUUGGCUCUGCAGGUUGCUUCUUUGCCCAUCGAAUGCUCCCAGCGUUCGGCCCAGGAGCUGCCUGUCAUCGAGUCGAUCAGCCUCACUUCCUGCUCUGUGGAAGGAGGGGAAGAGCUGCUGCUGAGCGGCACAAACUUCCUGCCAGUCUCCAGAGUCCUUUUCAUGGAGAGAGGAACAGAUGGUAAAUUACAGUGGGAGGAGGAGGCCCAUAUUGACCGUGACAACAGCAAUGAGUGUUUGUUAUGCGUGAGGGUCCCAGCCUACAGUGACCUCUCCAUCAGUCGGCCUGUGUCGGUUAGUCUUUAUGUCUCUAACGGGAAGAGGAAACGGAGCAGCACUCACUGUUUCAAGUAUUUACCCAUUAUGUUCAAAGAGGACGAUCCCCUGCUCUCUCGACCCCCUGUGCUGCCUCUGGAUGGUGGGACUGGGUGUCCUGCAGGGGGUCCACCCAGGAUGGACAGGGGCUUCCAUGUGAGAGGAGACCCCAUGGCUGAUGAGAGAGGCCUAGGCUUCCACCUGCCUCCAUACCCCUCGACUUAUUCCUCUCCUUGCCCGCCCAUAAACUACAAUGAGGAGUACUGCUCUAAACCUGACGCAGCAGUGGAAGAGCCCAGCGGGUCCAGGCCAGCCCUCUCCGAGCGUCAUCCCAGUUUUGAGAACCUAGAGCUGGGCUUCACUGAGCUCCUUCCUCCUCUGUACCCACGUGGUCCACAGCCUCCCUCUCCCUCACCUUCCCCAUGGCUGGAUUCUCCCUACUUGUCCUCUUCACCCUCUCCUUCCCACUCCUCCUCUCUCAGCCCAUUCCCAGCUGGAAGUCCCAUCUCAGCCUCCCCUCUGCCUCCCAUCCCCAGCUCCCCUUACCCACAGUACUCUGCUUAUCCUCAGGAGGUGUGUCCCUCCCCUCCAUCCAACCCAAACCCUUAUCAGGACAUCUGCCCAGCAUCCUACUCCCACUAUGAGGGCUGGGACCCCCAGGGAAGGGUGCUGAAUACAGGACAUGGGGGAGAGAGGGAUGCCAAGAUCCAGGAGUACCCACUGGAGUUUACCAGCUCUGCCUCUAUGCACCACAUUACGUUUGAAGAAGUAUCAGAGUUCAUCGGGGAGGACAUCCAGUCUUACCACCCAGGCUCACAGAUGGACAACCAGCCAAACUGAGCUGAGAGCAGUUCAGGACCCCUGCUUGAUAUUCGGCCUCAUUUUAAAUUCCUUAUGCACUUGGUAUUAAGAUGCAUCGCUGCAGUUACAUGCAAUAUUGACAGGGGAUUGCCAGGACACUGUUGUAAUUAUGACCACAGGUAACUGUUUUAUAAAGGGAAACUAAU